UCGGCCACCAUGGCGGCUCCCGCGUAGGCGAGGCGGCCGGCUCCCGUCCCGACCCCGCGAUGGCUCGGGCCGCGCUCGGUGGCCGCCCCUGGCUCCUGCUCGCCUUCCUCCUGGCGGCCGCCCCUGGCCAGCCGCCGCCGCCGCCGCGCUCGGAGCAGGAGAAGCCGGGCAGUGGGCGCGACGGCCCCGACGACCCGACCUUCGUCUCCGAGUAUUUCUCCCAGAGCUCCCAGAAGCUUUCCUUCUACCGCUGGUAUGGAAACGCCAAAGUCUUCCGCUUCCGCGUGCCGGAGGACACCGUCCUGCUGCGCUGGCUCCUGCAGGCCUCCCAGGGAAGAGGCCCCGAGUGCGGCAGCAGCACCCGGGUCACCAUCCACAUCCGCUACGGGGCUCCCCCUGUCAUCAACCCACUGGGCACCCAGUUCCCCGUGAACACUAGCGUGCGCCUCUCCUACAGCAAGACCCUGACCCUGGCAACUGCCCUGCAGAACAGCACCUUUGUCAAUCUGACCAGCCCGGCUGCGGGCGACUGGUUCAUUGCGGCGCACCUGCCCGAGGCCACGGACAAGAUUGCGGUGAAGGGCUUCUCCACGCCAUGCACCUACCUCUUCCAGCCUGACAUGUUUGUGCUGCGCAUAGUUGACAUGGCGGUCCUUGAGCCGAACGUGCCCAUGCGGCAGACGGUCACCUGGCCGACCAGGCCGCUUCAUGCCAAGGUCUUCGUGCCUGCCUACAGUGCCACGCUGCGCUUGGAGCUGGGGAGCUGCACGGCGAACGCUUCAACAGCCUGCGCGGUGCGGCUCACGCUGGGCUCCGCCACGCUGCCUCCGGCCUCCCAGAAGGUGCUCAACUGCUCAGGGGCCUGCAGCCUGCUCCUCGCCUCGCCGCCGUGGGAGAAGUGGCUGCGGAUCGUGGUGGAGAGCCUCCGCGGCCCCGGCGCCAGCACUUCUUUUGAGUUGACGGCCUCCUUCACAGCCUGCAAGCCGGGCAGCACCGGCUCCUUCGUGCGCUUCUACCGGAGCCUGAACCGGAGCCAGGAGAUGGCGUUGCCGGGGGGCAAGCCCAACGCCACGCUGGAGGCUGUCCCUGCCGCCAGCGGCCCCAAUGGCUCUGGCCAAGGCAGCUCGUGCUUGCGCAGCCAGCCGGUCAUCCGGGAGGACCUGGACGUCGUGUCGGUGCAGUUCCGGGUCCUCGAUGGGCCCAACGUGACGGUCCAGGCGGAUCCUCCCACCCUGCUGCUCCUCAACUUGAACUCAGGCAUGGACAACGGGGGGACCCUGGUGCUGAACCUGGCGCUUAACAAGACCUCGCCGGGCCUUGGGAACGCCACCGUCUGGGCCUGCUUGAGUGCCGCCUCCCCCGUGCUCUCCCCAAACGCCUCGUGGGGCUGCAGGACAGCAUUCUCCCAAGGCUACCUGCUGAACGUGACCACGUCCUCCACGGAAGCGUCGCUCGUUGUCCCAUACCCAGAAUCCGGCUACUGGUUCCUGUCCCUGCAGCUCAUCUGCCCACAGAACCCGGAGGCAUGCGAGAAGGCCAGGGCCCAGGUGGCUGUCCUCGCCUACCUCAGCCCUUGCUUUGAUGACUGCGGGACGUACGGACAGUGCAGCCUCAUGAGGCGGCAGGGCUACCUCUACGCUGGCUGCAGCUGCAAGGCCGGCUGGAGCGGCUGGAGCUGCACUGACGGGACCAGAGGCCAGUCCGUGGGCACCCAGACGCUGGCCACGCUCCUGCUCACACUCAGCAACCUCUUGUUCCUGCCGGCCAUUGCCGUCGCCCUGCACCGCUACCACCUGGUCGAGGCCUCCGUUUAUACCUUCACCAUGUUCUUCUCCACCUUCUACCACGCCUGCGACCAGCCUGGGGUCGUCGUGCUGUGCAUCAUGGACUACGACACGUUGCAGUUCUGUGACUUCCUGGGCUCCGUCGUCUCCAUCUGGGUGACCAUUCUGUGCAUGGCUCGAGUCAAGAAGAUCCUGAAAUACGUUCUGUUUGUGCUGGGCACCCUCUUCAUUGCUCUGUCACUACACCUGGAUCGCAGAGGGGUCUGGAACAUGAUGGGGCCCUGCCUGGUGGCCCUCCUCAUCAUGGCCACAGUGUGGGUGUAUCGUGGAGUGAGCCGGCGCCACUGCUACCCGCCCUCGUGGAAGCGCUGGGCCUUCUUCCUCUCCCCUGGGAUCAGCCUGGCUCUCGUGGCCAUCAUGGUGUACGCUUUCAUGGAAACCACGGAGAAUUACUACUACACACACAGCAUCUGGCACAUCCUGGUGGCCACCAGCGUGGUCUUCCUCCUCCCGCCAGGAGACAAGCGCAAGAAGCCCUGGGCCUGGUCUCGCGAGCUGCUCUCCCGCUACCAGAUCUGCAAGAAUGAUCGGGAAGAGCUCUACGCAGUGACAUGAGACUGUCUGGCUGGGGAGGGAGCUACCACCUCCAGGCCCUCCCUCCUGGCUUGUGCGCCAGAGCACCAGCCACACUUCCCGGGGCCACUUGAUCGGUCAGGAAGAAGGCCGGGCCCUGUGGAAGAGAGGGUGGUGCUGGGUGAAAAACAGGGAGCUCAGCCAACCAUGGGAGGCUUGCUAGUUUUCACCCUACCCUGAGAGGUGACCAUUCUCUAGUAAGGUGGGUCUGGCAUGGAGGCCUGUCCUAGAAUGGGGUUUCUGGAGCCUUGGGAAGCCUCGUGGUUGCCUACACCAUACUGGAGUGGCUGAGAAGUGCAUUAACAACCUGGGAGCAGGUGAUCCUGCUGCAAUCCUGGGAGCUGCUAGGAGGAAGGGGAGCUCAAGUCGACUCAUCCUCGGGGGAUUUGUAGGACUGAGACUACAAAAUGAGGCCACUGUGGUGCUCUCAGCAGCCCCCGUCUGCUAACCUAGGAGCAAGAAGGGCUGAGACAGAGGGGCAGGGGGGGAUGCCGCUGCCUUUUGUGGCAUCACCACCAUGCACAUUGACGGCGGGAGAUCAGACAUGCUGGCAGUGAACCUGCUUGCUCAGACAUGCGGAGGGUGCUGUGAGCGAUCGACCGGUGGGAGGGGAGGCCCAGCAGCGUGUGCUUGGACAAAUUGGGCUUUGAUGCGGAGGUGCACAAUCGCUCUUGUCUUGAACUGCCCGGGCCAAGAAGUGGGCUGUGGUUGCUCCCUUCUGGGGCAGCUGUGGCGGCUGAUCCGCUGGCUUCACUUGCCACGCCGGCUUUGCUCUCCUUGUGGGUGGUUACCACGACCACGCACAAGCAUGACCACCCGCUCCACGUGCGGCGUGAUCGAGUGGUAGUCCUUGUGGCCUCUGGAAGUGUGUGGCUCGCCAGGCUGCUCUGGAGCUCCCCAACUUCCAGGUGGGCUGGGGGGGGGUAAAGGGGGCCUCCAGGGGCCAAAGGUCCUCAGGCUUCAAGUGGAGAAAGUGCUCAUGGUGCCCAUUAGCUCAGGAAGAACCACAGUGGCUGCAGUUCACGACAUCUGUGUAUAUCUGCAUCCUACUAGGCCUUUGUAAAGCUCUACUGGAUGGAGCUGUUCAUGUCUUAAAUUAAAAGCUCCGUGCGAAUGGUG